AUGCGGUUCCUCGUUUCUGCUGAUGAAACUGGCAAUGUUAAGGAGGUGAUAUGCUCUUCUGGAACUGACACAUCACAGAAAGAUGCUUUGCAACCUGAGCUCAUACGAAGCGUCUUGGAGGACUCAGAUCGCCUGACAGUGAAAACGAGGAUCAGAUUGAUGAGAAUUAUGAAGGAUAAUGUUUUGCUCGCGGCUCGUAUUGGAGGUUACGUUGACUUUUACGAUGUUUCUGAUAGAUCUUCCGAUAAUUUCGGUAAGCUCCUACGUUCAGUUGGGUUAGGCUGUGAGAAGGGUGCCAAACCGAUCGCAUUAGAGUUAAAUGAAUCACUCGGGAUUGCCAUGGUUGCUCUAGAAUCGUCAGACUUAUACAUUAUCAGCAUCAACGAAGCUGAUUCUGCUCCCAUCACCAUUAAACUUCCGGGAAGAACCCCUGAAGCGACGUCCAUAAGUGCAUUUACCUCAAAUGCAGCAAGGCCCGGUGUUUUCGCAUAUGGUGGUAAGGACAACGAUCUUCAGAUAAUCAAGCUUUAUGACGAAAACCAGGUGAAGAAAAAGGGGUUUAAAUUUGCAGAUGCCGGCUCAUGGAAGCCAAAAGUUCUUUUCAAGGCGGAAAACGUCGAGCCGGAUCACCUCGGGCUUGAUGUACCUAUCUGGGUCACAGGCAUUCUCUUUCAAAAAAGCACCGGAUCCAAACACUUCAAACUUGUCACGUCAACUUGGUACGGCCACAUACGAAAGUACGAUACACUGAGUGAUGAGGAGCCAAUUGCUUCGUACAAAGUUUGUGAAAAACCAAUCACUAAUUUGCGAUUCGCCACAGAUAGUGAGGAAGACAUUAUCAUUACGGAUACGCAUACCUAUGUUGCUAAACUCUCUUUGAUAAAGGUUGAUGCGAAGGCCGUGCGAAUUGUGUCAGCUUCCGCAGGGACAUUUUACAGACCAUCACUCAAGGUGCUCGGAAGAUACUCACAGGGUGGUAAUACUGGCGCAAUUAAUAGCGUGGAACACUCCCCAGCAUCAGAGAUUGUCGCGACUGGUGGUUUGGACAGAUACUUGCGAGUGUUUGAUGUGAAGACACGCAAUUUACUAGCCAAAGUGUACGUUGGAACUCAGAUAAGCAGCAUUGUGUUCAUUGAGGACGAUUCACUGCUGAACUCCGAGAAGGAAGCGGCCGAAAUCGAACAACAGCAGGAAGACGAGUUAUGGGAGCAGCUCGAGGACAAGAAAGAGGUCGAUGACAAGCCUCUUAUUACCAAAAAAAGGAGACGUAUCUAG